AUGAAAAGCGGAAUUCGAUACAUUUUAUUAGCCAUAUGGGCGGCUAAAGUAAUCCAAGCAAGUGACUCCCAACGCUUUCUUCAAAAAUUUGAAGGUGCUGUAAGACCGCAUUCUAUAAAUGUAGAUGGCUCGCGACUAGAGAAAAGGUCAUCAACUCCUGCGUUUGAGAUAUUACAAGAAGAAUGGUCUGUCGAGGCACCCAAAGCUGGAUCGAAGAAAAUUGGACAACUCAAGUCAGCCACAGAAGCCUGUCGUAAGGAUGUUCACAAAAUUUAUUCUGCAGCAGAUCUUGCCAGAAUACGUCAUCAGUGCAAGGAAGUUAUAGGUACAGUGCAUAUUGUUGAUUUUACCGAUUCCAUAAUCGACUUAGGGACUAUGGAAAAGAUUCAGGGAAAUCUAAUCAUUGAAAAUUUGCCACAAAUUGUAAAAAUUCAAGCAAGCCGUCUCAAUGAGAUUUCAGGAACACUAAAGUUGGAUAGCUUGACAUCUCUUACUGAUCUGCAUUUCCCAUCCCUGCAACACUUUGAGGCUAUCGACUGGAAGGUAGUGCCAACCCUAACUGCCUUCAACCUCGCCCCUAACAUCACUUCAGCUAAGCGUAUCAUAAUUUCUGACUCUUCGCUUGUAAAUAUUGGUGGUUUGCAAAACAUUGAAGAACUGGAAGUUCUAAACAUCAACAACAAUAGAUAUAUGGAAAAUGUUGACUCAAAGGUCAAGCGCAUUUUUGAGCAACUAAGCAUUUCAGCGAAUUCUAGAGAGCUCAGAGUCAACUUACCAGAGCUAAAAUGGGCAAAUAACAUCACCAUUCGUGACGCAAGCUCAACGUCCUUCCCCCAACUGCAAUACGUGAAUCAUUCUCUUGAAUUUAUUGAAAACUAUUUUGAAUCAUUGCCUCUCCCAGUGCUCAAGUCUGUGGGUGGGACAUUGGGUUUACUCGAAAAUCCGCAUUUGGAACAAGUAGAUUUCUCCAACGUCACAAACAUCCAAGGAGGACUGAUGAUUGCAAACAAUUCACGUAUACAAAGCAUUAAUUUCUUGCCGCAGUUAAGGGAGAUUGGAGGUGCCAUACAAUUCUUUGGAACAUUCCAAGAAAUUAGUUUGCCUUUGCUAAAGCUCGUGAGAGGUAGUGCUUUGAUUAAGAGUACAUCUAACGUACUAGACUGUUCGAAAUGGACGACCCCAGUCAGUGGUAACUCUAUUAUCAGAGGAGGACAAAUUAUAUGCAACUCUGGUAGGGUACAGAGUUCUGCUCGUGUGAGUGAGGACGGUACCUUAUUAGGACGCGAGCAAAAGGAGAGUGCCAAUAUUUCUGAUAAUGAGAGAAACUCGGGGUCAUUCAUAGUGGACAAAAGCAAGUUGCCAGCAUUUGGAUUUGCGUUAGCUUUGGGUUGGAUUGCAGCCUUAAUCUGCUUCUUAAUAUCACAAUGA